UCGCGGGCUCCCCGGCUGAAGGGAUCCCCGAGCAAUCCCGAGCCCAGAGCCGUCUCAGGAUCGGACUGAGCCAGAGGCAGCGGCAAGAGUGCAUAUCGGACCCGCGCGACCAGAGACUGUCCACCUCGACAGAACCAAACGUCUGUGCCCUCCGUGCCCACGGCCACUGACUGCUGAGGCGGGACAGGCAGAGAGACGAACGUCGGGGGACCGGGGCUCCUAGAGGGCUGGAAAUCGUGUUGCGACCGCCAUGGGCAGCAAGACCCUCCCGGCGCCCGUGCCCAUCCACCCGUCACUUCAGCUCACCAACUACUCGUUCCUGCAGGCUGUGAACGGGCUGCCUGCCGUGCCAUCAGAGCACCUGCCCAGCCUGUACGGCUUUAGUGCCCUGCACGCCGUGCACCUGCACCAGUGGACCCUGGGCUACCCUGCCGUACACCUGCCUCGUUCUUCUUUCGCCAAGGUGCCCGGCGCCGUGUCCAGUCUCGUGGACGCCCGCUUGCCGUUGCCCGCCUUUCCCUGGUUCCCGCACGUUAUCCAGCCCAAACCUCAGGACGGGGGAGCUGGCGGGCCGCCGCUCAAGGCCAAACCGCGCUUCGACUUCGCCAACCUGGCCUUGGCCGCCACCCAGGAGGACCCGUCCAAGCUCGGCCACGCCGAGGGCCCUGGCUCGCCUCCGCCGGGGCUCAGCGCCCUGCUCGACGUGACCAAGCUGUCGCCAGAGAAGAAGCCCACCCGCGGCCGCCUGCCCUCCAAGACCAAGAAAGAGUUUGUCUGCAAAUUCUGCGGUCGUCAUUUCACCAAGUCCUAUAACCUGCUGAUUCACGAGCGAACGCAUACCGACGAGAGGCCGUAUACUUGCGACAUCUGUCACAAGGCAUUCCGGAGACAGGACCACCUCCGAGACCACAGGUAUAUUCACUCUAAAGAGAAGCCCUUCAAGUGCCAGGAAUGCGGAAAGGGGUUUUGCCAGUCGAGGACUCUAGCCGUCCACAAGACGCUGCACACGCAAGUGAAGGAUCUCAAAGUCAACAAAAUCAAAUGCUGAAGGUCCGUGCCCACCAGGGCCCAUCGGCAGAACUCGAAGGAAGUGGCCUCCGCCCCUGGUCCCAGGCAAAAGCCCGAGAUCCCUCAGCCUGGAGCAGAGGAAGGAGGUGCCAGCUACUGGCAGGGCCGGGAGCGAAGGCCAGGCUCUGCCUCUCUCUGACGCUUAUGCCCAGGCUCCAGGGGCUUCAAGGGGCUCUCACAGGACGGACCAGGCCACCCUGGCCGCAGGCUUGUGGAUGGAGGGGCGGCGGCCAGUCCACUGCCCGCCUGGACUCAGAAACUUUGCGCCAAGAGGUGGAGCUCAAGGGUCGGUCGCGGGGCUCAAGUGGGAAAGGGCGACCCAGCCUCCGCUGAAGCCUCUGGCUCCUCCCCCCAGUGUUACUGUGACAUCGUUCCAUUGUUCCCGAGUUCCGUUGUUGCAGCGUUACUUUGUUGCUGUUAAGUGGUUGCAGCGCUACAUUGUUGCGGCAUUAUAUUACAUUACAAACUUUCUCUGUAAGUUUCCUUUCUGGGCAAAUUUCUCUUUCCUCGCUCGAGUGUGCCUAGAAUUGGCACACAGAGGUUGGAGAAAGGAGAGAGGUUAGGGAGAGGGGAGAACUUGCCGUGAGCUGCUCCCUUGCAAAUUCAAGCGGCCCCAGAACCCCAGGGGAUGCUGCGAAGCAGGCUCAUGUCGGAACGCCCCAAACACCUCCACCGCCUCGAACAAAACCCAUCAGAUUUGGAAGGUCUCCCGGUGGGGUCCUGCAGUGGACUGAGCCUCCCUCCUCCACCUCCCCACUCGCCCAUCCCUGGACUCCCUCAGUUUGCGUCCAGGAGUCCAUGAACACAGCCUGGGGGAGCCCGCGUAUAGAAACUCUGAAAGACUGAGGGACUAGCGAAGUAAACCAAGCUGGCCCCUCCCCGCUCCGCCUGGAACGUUCGGGAGGUGGCCAGGCGCGCCUGGCUUCGCACCAGGACAGAGCUCUUUAAUGGAAAAGACCAACAAGCUUGUUAAUGUGUAUUAUUAUUAUUUUUUAAUUUUCCUAACAGUGUAACCAAAGUGAGAGAGAGGUCACAUUUUCUUGGUUUCUGUAAGGCGAGAGGAGAGCGGCGGGCGGUGUGGCUGUUGGCACUUUAGGCUGAUGAUUGGG